CAAGAGAGCUGCUGGGAUCUGCUCCCUGCUGUGAGGGAUGUGAGGAUGGAGAAACCUGGAUUGAAGCUGAACAGCAAGCAGAGUGGUAUAAAACUGAACCAGAAUACAAGAAUGAGAAUUGGAGCACCUUGGAAUAGAUGUGAGUACAAGACUUUGCACCAGCUAAAGCUGCCUUGGAAAGCCAUGGCUGCCGCCCCUCAUCUCAACUCGGAUGCACUCCGAGAGGUCCUGGAGUGCCCUAUUUGCAUGGAGUCCUUCACCGAGGAGCACCUGAGACCCAAGCUCUUACACUGCGGGCACACCAUCUGCAAACAGUGCUUGGAAAAACUCCUAGCAAACAGCAUUAAUGGGAUACGGUGCCCCUUUUGCAGCAAAAUCACGCGGAUCACAAGCUUGGCUCAGCUGACCGACAAUCUUACUGUACUGAAGAUUAUAGACACCACUGGACUGGCAGAAGUGGUGGGUCUUCUCAUGUGCAAGGUGUGUGGGAGAAGGUUGCCAAGACACUUUUGCAAGAGUUGUAGCUUGGUUUUAUGUGAGCCGUGCAAGGAGACAUCCCACAUGCCCCAAGGGCACAGAGUCAUUGCUAUCAAAGAGGCUGCUGAAGAGCGUAGGAGGGAAUUUGGGACGAGGCUUGCCAGACUUCGGGAGCUGAUGGGUGAUCUGCAGAAAAGAAAAGCAUCUCUGGAAGGUGUUUCCAGAGACCUGCAAUCUAGAUACAAAGCAGUUCUGCAAGAUUACAGUAAAGAAGAGCGCAAGAUCCAGGAAGAACUGGCCAGGUCACGCAAGUUCUUCACCACCUCUUUGUCUGAAGUGGAGAAGGUAAAUAACCAGGUAAUGGAGGAGCAAGCUUAUCUGCUGAACUUAGCGGAAGUGCAGAUAAUGUCUCGCUGUGACUAUUUCCUCGCCAAAAUAAAGCAGGGAGAUAUAGCUCUCUUGGAGGAGGCAGCAGAUGAGGAAGAACCAGAACUGACAAACAGUCUCCCAAGGGAGCUGACUCUUCAAGAGGUUGAACUCCUUAAGGUGAGCCAUGUGGGACCAUUGCAGAUCGGUCAGGUGGUGAAGAAACCCCGGACGGUUAACGUGGAGGAAUCGCUCAUGGAAACUGCAGCAUCCUCAUCGGUGUCAUUUCGGGAGCCUGACUUGGUGCAAGAAGAGGCCAGCUGCACACCAAAUUCCUCACCAGCCAAACCAAGGAUGCCUGAAGCAGGCACGAGCAUCCAGCAGUGUCACUUCAUCAAGAAGAUGGGCUCCAAGGGCAGCCUGCCAGGGAUGUUUAAUCUCCCCGUCAGCCUACACGUCACCCUGCAAGGAGAGGUGCUUGUGGCAGACCGAGGCAAUUUCCGAAUCCAGGUUUUUACCCGCAAGGGCUUUCUGAAGGAGAUCCGCCGGAGCCCUAGCGGAAUCGAUAGUUUUGUAUUGAGUUUCCUUGGAGCAGACUUGCCCAAUUUGACUCCCCUUUCUGUCACCAUGAACUGCCAUGGCCUGAUAGGUGUGACUGACAGCUACGAUAACUCUGUCAAGGUCUACACCAUGGAUGGUCACUGCGUGGCAUGUCACCGGAGCCAGCUAAGCAAGCCCUGGGGCAUUGCCGCCCUGCCUUCUGGGCAGUUUGUAGUGACCGACGUGGAAGGGGGCAAACUCUGGUGUUUCACGGUGGACCGCGGUGUGGGGGUAGUGAAGUACAGUUGUUUAUGUAGCGCAGUGCGCCCCAAGUUUGUCACCUGCGACGCUGAAGGGACCAUAUACUUUACUCAAGGGCUGGGGCUUAACCUGGAAAACCGGCAGUACGAACACCAUUUAGAAGGAGGCUUUUCAAUUGGUUCCGUCGGCCCGGAUGGGCAGCUGGGACGCCAGAUUAGCCACUUCUUCUCCGAGAAUGAGGAUUUCAGGUGCAUUGCUGGGAUGUGUGUCGAUGCCAGGGGAGACCUCAUUGUUGCUGACAGCAGCCGGAAAGAAAUCCUGCAUUUUCCUAAAGGAGGUGGCUACAAUAUCCUCAUCCGGGAAGGACUCACCUGUCCUGUUGGUAUCGCCAUUACUCCCAAAGGGCAGCUGCUGGUGCUGGACUGUUGGGAUCAUUGCAUUAAGAUCUACAGUUACCAUCUGAGAAGGUAUUCCACCCCUUAAAGGCAUGUCUCUAAGCAAAGCCUCUUUCGGCAGCAGAGAUUCUUCCAGCCUCAGCGCAAUCUGACGGGAACCAGUGUCAAGCAUUCAGAAGAUUGUGCCAUAACCGAAGCAGGGUUUGGCACAGAGGCCGUCAUGUUUUGUGUUUAGAAACAAAAUAGCUUCUGUGGUGGUGGUCUGCUUUUUCUUCUUCUUUUUUAUAUAAAAUCCGUACAGUAAAAAUGAACAAGCGCAAGGGAGAGUAUUGACCAGAGUAAAUGACUGGUCACUCCAUAAACCUUCUCACCUCCUUACACCACAUCUCCUACACUUCCAGCUUCAACCGCUGCAUCUUUCUUUGUGCCAUAAACGCUGACUGACUGCUCUAAAUCACCUUCCCUCAGAGGACCAGAGAGGCAAUCCUCUUCUCGCUGUGGUACUCACAAGGAACUGGGUAGCAGUUGUCUGGGCAACUACUAGAGAAAGCAAUUUCUGAUUGCAGCACUGCAUAAAACAAAAUAGCCCUCUUAAACUGCGCGGAGAUGGAGCUUUACUUUCAAACUGACGAGGGAGGGUUUUCUCUCCCUGUUUUUCUGGUAUUCAGGAGAUCGCCCCUGUUGUGCCAUUCGUGAACCGUGUCUGUUCAAUGUGAAGUGAGUACUGUGCCAUCAUGGGAGACCGAGUUGAGCCAGAAAACUGCCUUCUGAUGGCAACAGGGUUUUUAUUACUACUAUGAGUUCUGCUAGGUAGAAGGGGGUAAAAAGGGAGGGAACUGGAGGGAAAAAAAAAAUAAUCGGGAAACCUACAGUUGAUAUUCACUGUUUUAUUAUUACAUGUAUCCUGAAAACUGUCUUCGGAAGGUAUGGGAAGGGGGGGAAAGAAAGGGCUGGGGGAAUAAGACUGGGAGAUUGUAGUAAAUGAGAUUAAAUGCAACAUAUUGUAUGUUCACCUGCACUUCACUAUUCUGCAUUCCAGACCAUUGCAUUUAGCAAUAGGCUUCCACUCAUCUGCACUUUGUAUGCGCAAACUACUCACUCCUGAGAUGGGGAAUGGGGGCGGGGGGGAAAACAAUUUUGCUGUUAUUUUUUUAAUACUUGGAAGCACGUCCAUUGGUGCAUUGCCUUUUUUUUUCCCUUGCACAGCAAAACACUAUAUUCCUUAGGUUAUUUUUUUUUUACGGCACCAGCAGGCACCAGAGUUCAUGUUCAUCACGGCUUUGGGCCAAAUGAAGCACAAAACUGCAGCUGUGUGAACCAAGGCCCCCACAGUGCUACUCUCCUGGCUGAUAAAUGUGUACCUCAGUGUGGUGCUGCUCGCCUAGAAUAGUUUAUUGAAGGAAAGAUGCAUUUAAAUAGGGCACAGUGGUAGCAUGUUAAUCUGCCACAGAUAAUAGUUACACUGCAGUGCGUUUAUUUGUUGCUAUCAACAACGUAGUUGCAAAUUUGGGGGCACGACAGACAAUAUAAAAGCUGAUUUUAUGCUGGCUGCCAUGCCACGGCAAAUUGUUUGCUACGUGUGCUACAACAUGUAGGCAACAGGUGAUUUUUUUUUUAGCUCCCAUAUACUUUCCCCUAGUGAAACAGCAAAGGAAAAUGCGCUUCAGAGCCGCUGCUGCCCCAGCCAGUUUUUUGGCAGUUACAGGCUUUGCAGAAGAAGCGACGAGAGCAGAUUUUGGUGGGAUUUUGUGGUUUUUUUUUCUCUCCCUGUUAUGCUCAGCCAAAGCGCUGAAGAGGGCCAGCAUGGCAAACACCCAGCUGUGUGAUGGAGGUGCCCCUCCAGCAGGGCAACUUCCUAUUUCUCCCCCUAUAAUUUGCUGGAAAAAGCUUUCGGAGAGGAGCAGGAGCUAAGACACCAGCGUGGUAGAUGGUACAGAAGGAGCCUGAGGGAACUGAACCCCCCCUGCCCUCCUGAGCUGCUCUGUGUGUUUGCCAAGGCUACCAGCUCGCACCUAAUUAUUUACCUUCUCUGCUUCUCUUUUUGGGUGGGAGGGGGAAGUUGCCUAAGGUAUGUAACAGCAGUUUAGGGAGCCAAUCUCAUCUCGCAUGUAUGUUUUUGGGAGAUGACGGCUAUUACUGGGCCCUUCUGCAGUUAAUUACAUUGUAACUCAAGGCAUUUUUUCCCAAUAUUAUGGUAAUGGCAGUUCCUCUCCCACUGAUCUCUUUUAAACAUUUCUCCUGUUUCUAAGAACUGCUCCAAGCAGGAAGCUACCGUGGACCUGAAUAAUUGAAGCAAUAUUAUCUAUGAUAAUAUGUACCUCUGUCAUUUUCUGUUCCAAUGGAUUAUUAUUUCUUUUUUUUUUCUGCAAUAAACAUCACGCUACUAGCAAUAACAUUUCCUGGAGCGCUUGAAGGGCCAUAAAAGCUGGUCCAGUAAACUGAGCAGUUGGUUACCCCAGCCUGUUCCUGGUUACACAGUUCAAACAAAGCUUCUGUCAUCUGUUUCUCACUCGGAGAUUCAAGCAAAAUAACACUACCCUGCCGUGCUCCGGUGGGCCAGGACACUGCGAUCGGCGCCUGGGGGUGUGUGUCGCCUGCGGCUCUUCUUCUAGUCUUGGUUUUCAGGCAGAAAAGGGAAAAAAGAAAACCUGCCGUCCCUCGCCCAGGGUACGCAUGUCCCCUGACAAAACUCGACAGUGACUGCGAGAUGAUUUCGCGGAGCUGUAUUUCUUGCCGCGGUGCCCCCACACAAUGUUGUGAUUGUCUGCCAGACAAGAUGAAAUGGAGUAAUUAAGGAUUGUGAUGAAAUAGUUUGGCUUCUGCUCUCUACCUGGAGAAAGAGCUUGUCUGGUUAUACGUAUGUGUUUGGUUUUUAAAGAUCGUGUAAUAAAGGAAAAAUUGAUCCAAUUAAAAGUGCAUUGCAAACGGCUCAUUUUCUUAUUAAAAACACUUCAUCUCCUCCCUUUGCUGGCAGACUGGUUUUUAUGGCCAGUGGGGAUUAGACUUGGGAACACAAUGGCUACGAGACCCCUUUUACACUGUCAGGAUGUGGAGGAUAAAUCUGAUCUCCUUGGCACGUCUCCUGUAACUUUAUCUGACACUUCCCUACCCACAUCAUAAACAAAUACUAGAGUUCCGUACCUCAAUUCACGCUGAUACUCCCACAAGGGUAAUAUCUUACUUUC